AUGACAUUCUAUUGUUAUCUCCUAGAUAGCAAGAUAGAAGACCGCGAUUACCAUAAAACUAUGAAUGGCGAAAUUUUUUUGAAAUGGGUAAAAAAUCAAUUGCUGCCAGACCUAAACAAAUUAAACGAAAAAUGCGUGGUUAUCAUGGACAACGCACCGUACCAUUCAGUGCGGAAAGAAAAGCCUCCAAACUCUAACAGCAAAAAAAUAGACAUGCAAGCAUGGUUGCAAAAACGCAAUAUUUAUUUUACUGACAAUAUGACAAAAGUUCAGCUUUGGAGCGUCAUUAAACCGCUGAUACAUGGAGAACAAAAAUGCUACGUUGUAGAUGAGCUACUGCAGUCGCACGGUCACCAAGUUUUGCGUUUACCGGCUUAUCACUGCCAGUAUAAUGCAAUUGAGCUUGUUUGGGCCUUUUCCAAGAAUUAUUACAAUAAACAUGUUAAGGGUUCACAACAUACUGAGAAUAAAGUAACAAAAGUUUGGAAGGAAGGUUUGGACAGAUUCACCCCUCAAAUGUGGCAAAAUAGUGUUAAUCACUGCCAAAAAUUAAUCAAAGAAGAUUGGAAGAAAUAUAUGGGCAAUUUUUCGCUUGAGGAAAUUCCACCUAUAAUAAUUUCUUUAGCAGAAUCAGAUGAUUCAGACUCUGAUUUUGAUUCUGAUUCUGACGAUGAAUGA